CACGGCGCGGAAUUGUUUUGGAAACCCAGAUUGAACGGACUAACAUAGUGUGUGAGAAGUUCAAAUAGUGCUUCCGACCUAGGAAGAUCAAGCAAGACACCACUGCAAGUGAGCAAACAAAACUCUGGUCGAUUUGUGCAAAACAACGCUCGGUAAUUGUAUUCAUUCGCGAAACGUCGUUGUCGUCGUCAUCGUCGUCGUCGGUUGAUUAGUUCCACUCUCUCCGGCAAACACAAAUUGGUCUCAUACCGCACAAAAGUUAAGACUUGCGAUCAAGGACCGCGUGACGCCGAAGCCAAUCGACCGCGGAACGUUCGUCGAGUCCUACAUUGUAUGUGCAGUAGCAGCAGCUGUUUCUAAGAAAUUUUGCAACCUUCCAUUGGAAUCCUGAACCUAACAACCAAUUCCAUAUACUGUGAAAAAAUAAACAUCUACCGGUUCCAAGAAGACCUAAGCCGUCAGCACCAUGGGUACCUUGCAACAGUUAGCCGUCAUCAAGGGACAGCAGCGAAGCCUGAUCCCCGGACUGCUGCACCGGAACUUCGAGGCCAACGUGGACAAAUUCUGCGGAACCGACACGGCACUGAUUUUCAACGAUGACAACCGAGGCCUGGUCAAGACCAACUACAACACGCUGAACUCGACGGCAAACCGACUUGCGGCGACCGCCCUCGACGAGAUCGUAAAUCGUCACAAGUCGCAACCGAAUCGCGACGGAGAUUACAUCAUUGCAGUUUGCAUGCAGCCAACCGAUCGGCUGGUGACGACCUUGCUCGCGAUUUGGAAAGCCGGUGCCGCCUAUCUCCCACUGGAUCCAAGCUUCCCUCCGAAUCGAUUCGAGCACAUUUUGGACGAGGCCCGCCCGGUGUUGGUGAUCCACGAGGACUACGAGAAUGUGGCCGUAUUCGGCGAAACUCCGGCGGUGUCCUUCGCUGACCUCCGGAAAAAGGCUAGCGACAUGAGCAAUGCCAACAUUCUCCCCGAUCAGAUGCUGGGUGCUGGCAAAAACGAAUUGGCUCUGGUUCUCUACACCUCCGGAAGCACAGGCGUUCCCAAAGGUGUCCGGCUGAACCACGCCACGAUCCUCAACCGGCUGCAGUGGCAGUGGAAUCGCUUUCCCUACUGGAAAACGGAAACGGUUGGCGUGUUCAAAACAGCACUAACCUUCGUCGAUUCCGUUACGGAAAUCUGGGGCCCUCUGCUGAACGGUAUGUCCAUCGUUGUCGUGCCGAAAAAGAUCACCAACAAUCCGGAAAGACUCGUCGAACUGCUGGAGGAGUACAAAAUCGAACGGUUGGUCCUGGUCCCAACUCUGCUGCGAUCCUUGCUCCUGUAUCUACCUCUACAGAAGAAGAAACUACUUUACAAUCUCCGCAUCUGGGUUUGCUCCGGAGAACCUCUACAGCUGUCCUUGGCCAAAGAAUUCUUCGACUACUUCGAAGAAGGUGUGCACCAACUGUGCAACUUCUACGGUUCGACCGAAGUCAUGGGUGAUGUUACGUACUUCGUGUGCGAAUCCAAGAAGCAACUGAGCAACUUCGAAAAAGUUCCUAUUGGUUAUCCCCUGGACAACACUGUGAUAUACAUCCUGAAUCCAGAACUCCAACCGGUCAAACCGGGUGACAUAGGAGAGCUGUUCGUUUCCGGCCUAAACCUAGCCCAGGGCUACGUCGGCGGUCGCGAUCCUCACCGAUUCAUCGACAACCCACUAGCCGUAGAUCCCAUCUACUCAAGGCUCUACAGCACGGGCGACUAUUCCUCCGCCACCAAGGGCUGUAUCUACUACGAAGGGCGUACCGAUUCUCAGAUCAAGAUUCGCGGCCAUCGGGUCGAUCUAUCGGAGGUCGAAAAGAAUCUUCUAUCGCUUCCCGGGGUAGACAAAGGCAUUGUGCUGUGCUACCACGCUGGAGAAAUCGACCAAGCCUUACUCGGAUUCAUUACGGUUGAGGAAGACGCCCCUCUACAGACUGGACUGCAGAUCGAAGGUAUUCUGGAAAGCAAACUGCCGCACUACAUGAUCCCACAGGUCAUCAUUCUGGACAGCAUUCCGCUGUUGGUGAACGGGAAAAUCGAUCGACAAAGUCUGAUGAAAAUGUACGAGAAUACCAACAACAACGACGAUGCCACCAUCGAGAUCGAAUACGACUACAACGGUGUGCCGGAAUGCAAGAUGGCCAUGGCCAAAGAUCUCUUCACCACCGUGGGUCAGGUCAUCGGACGUUCCACACGUGCCAAGAUCUCACUGCAGAGCAACUUCUACGAGUUGGGAGGAAAUUCCCUGAACUCCAUCAUCACCGUGACACAACUCUGCCAGAAAGGUCACGCCAUCAGUAUUACCAGUUUCAUCGGUGCGGAAAACCUGGCAGAGAUUUUGGAUAAAAUGUACAGUAAUCAGCAGCACAUUGCCGACCACCAGCAAGACACAAAGGAUGAUCAAGAAUUUGAAUUCGAGUACAAGAUGCAACUUUCGGCACACCCACUGGCCGACGAGCACAAAGAGGACGCGAUCAACAUCCUAACCUACAGCUUCUACGAGAAAGCGGAUCUCGAGAGGUGGAUCAAACCGCUGAUCAGGGAGCAGGACUACCGGGACAUUCUCGAAGACAUUUGGGACGUUCUGAUCGAGAAGCAACUAAGUUUUAUGGUCAAGGACGCCAGUGGCAAAUCGGUCAGUGUUUCGCUCAACUUCGACGCUCACGAUGAACCUGAACCGGAGGUGACCAACAAUCUGGUGAUUAUCUUCGAGUUCCUAGAAUAUGUAGAAAAGCCUAUUCGAGAGCAAAAACUACCCCGCGGCAAGAACCAAAUCCUGCACUCGUUCAUGAUGGGCACCUGUGCCGAUCUGUCCGCUCAGGAAAACAUCGAGGCUAUGCACUUUAUGGAGAAUGAGGUGCUCAAGAUCGCUACGCGGCGGAACUUUACCGGCAUUCUGACGACCAACACCAGCCCCCUGACCCAGCAGCUCGGUUCCAAUGUGUACAAGUACGAAACCAUGCUGGACUACCAGAUCAAUCAGUACGUGUACGGUGACGGUAGUCGGCCUUUUGGCAAGGCUGCCGACGAUCAGCGGGUGAUCGUGCACUGGAAGGACAUCCGGAAGCAGCACUGAGGAGCAGCAGACGAGGGAAAGGGCUAUUGGCAUAAUUAGUAGUGUUCUAGGUACAUAUUUAUCGCUGCAAUAUAUCGUCUAAAUGUUAAUUUAAUGGUUAGAAUAGGGCAAGGACCCCUGCAACAGUAUGUCGAAAUGUAACCAAUUGUAGACUAGGGAAGUGUACUGAAUUUGCUGCAAGAAUUUAUAUACGAGUUAGUUGUAGCAUUGAAUGGAAGUGAUACGUAAUUAUUAGAAUGAUCGUACAAAAUGGAGGUUUUAAACAAGCGAGAGAGGAAAAUGUGAGAGGAUAUAGUUUUUAAGUUAUCUGUUUCUUAACUACAAAGAAACUACUAUUUAUGACAAUAAAACGAAUUUUAUCUCAUUCCUACAA